CUGCAACAGUAGCGGUUGCACUUUUGAGACGAUAGCAUGGCCAAAACCGUCAUCAUCCCUUGGUCAAAUGUAAAUUGCGAGAAGGACAUCAUCGGUGCGUUGGUGUGGAGCAAAUGGAUAUUGCGGGUCCUCGGGAUCUGGCCGCUGGUAUUUCCGAAUACCUCAACGAUCGAAAAGAUCCUAGCGACGGUCUCAUUCACGCUAUGCUGGUCUGCGCUCGGCUUUCUCUUGGUACCCAUGGUCGUUUUUACUCUCUCGGAUCGGACGAUAACGAGCGACAAGGUGAAAAUGCUGGGUCCGCUGGGUUAUGUGCUCACUUCAAUGUUGAAGUAUAUGUUCCUAGUGGUUCGUCAUAGGAACAUUCGGCGGGGAAUUCGCGUUCUGAGUGUCGAUUGGCGCGCAGUUCAGCAAGAGGCUUACCGAACGAUCAUGAUACAGGAUUCGGCGAAGGGACACGUGCUGUCUAAAUUCUGUGUUGCGUUUAUGUACUGCGGUGGCCUGUCUUAUCACACCGUGAUGCCGUUCUUGUCACAAAGAGCCGGCGACGAGCAAAAUGCCACCGUCGGCCCGGUGCCGUAUCCCGGCUUCGACAUCAUUUUCGAUUUGCGCUUCGUGCCAGCUUACAUGUUUGUCUUUUGCGCGCAAUGCUUCUCCGGUAUCGUAAUGUUCAACGUCACUACGGCGGUGUGUUGCUUGGCUGCCAUGUUCGUGGCUCAUGCAUGCGGCCAAAUUGAAAUCGUAAUGGCGCGAGUGGAAAGUCUAAUGAUGAGUGUGCAAAGUAAUCGCACGAAUCCUGAGCAUCGUAUGGCCGUCAUUGUAAAGCAUCAUGUGCACGCGUUGAGAUUUUCGGCCAGCAUUGGAGGUAUCUUAAGUGAAAUAUGUCUCAUAGAAGUUGUGGGAUCGACAUUGAUAAUAUGUUUGCUGGAAUAUUAUUGUCUCACGGAAUGGCAAAACAGUGACAGCGUCGCGAUCCUGACAUAUUUUUUUCUAUUGACGUCAUUCGUCUUCAAUAUAUUCAUGUUUUGUUACAUCGGUGAACUACUUACAGACCAGUGCAGCAAAGUAGGAUAUACUUCGUACAAAAUCGAGUGGUAUCACUUACCAGGGAAAAUUGCACUUGAUCUCACGUUGAUGAUCAGCAUGUCUCACAAUCCGAUAAAAAUUACCGCCGGAAAAUUAAUCAGCCUAUCGUUCUCUAGUUUCGGUAACGUUCUGAAAACUUCGGUCGCGUAUCUAAACUUGCUGCGUACUGUAGUUUGAUGAACGCGAAAGACUCAAUUCCUCUAUGGCAACAACGAAAAAAUUAACAUUCAUCGUAUCAUCUCUGCUACGAAGUUCUAACGUUAAGUG